AUGCGGUACGGACGAACACUAGAACGAGCCAUCUAUCCUCCCUGGCGAGAGAACUACAUCGAUUACACCAAACUUAAGAAGCUGUUGCGGGAGGACGAGUCCGCUCCGAGCUCUCCCUCGACCGAGUCCCCGGAGGAUAAUUGGACGGAUGACGAUGAGAGCAAGUUUGUUGAUGAGUUGGUGAACGUGCAGUUGGAGAAGGUGCAUGACUUCCACCGGGAUACCUAUGAGAAAUUGAGGGACCGCACGGCGAAAUGUGAGGCCAGACUUGAUACUGUUGCUGUAGCCCAGAAUGGGGAGGAGGAGGCACAGGAUAGGACGAAGAGUACUGAGGCUACAGAUGCCACCGAUGCUAGCGAUGCGAAGCCCAAUGGUGAGUCAAACGGCAAUGGCAAGAAGCCUGUGCCCAGCGAAUCGGACAAGCAGGAGACCUUGAAGGAAGUGCUAGCCGAGCUUGACCAGAUCACGAAGGAGACCAACGAGCUUGAAAAGUACAGCCGCAUCAACUACUCGGGCUUCCUGAAGGCCGCCAAGAAGCACGACCGCAAGCGUGGUACAUCUUACCGCGUACGGCCAUUACUGCAGGUGCGACUCUCGGCACUGCCGUUCAACCAGGAGGACUAUGGCCCGCUAUUGUACCGUCUCAGCGCCAUGUACAGCUUCGUCAGGCAGCACUUGGAAGGUGCGGAGAAUCGCGGUAUCAGUGUGAGUGAGGCGGUAGAGGAUAAGAAGGAAUAUAUCAGCCACAAAUUCUGGGUACACCCCGACAACAUGCUUGAGGUCAAGACGAUGAUCCUUCGUCGCCUGCCAGUCUUGGUGUAUAACCCGCAGACGUCCAAGAUCGCAGAAGGCAACCAGCCAGACCCGUCUAUGACUAGCAUCUACUUCGACAGCCCUGCCUUCUCUCUCUACAGUAAUAAGGUCGACAACAAUGAGGCUUCCUCUCUACGUCUACGAUGGUUUGGCCAGCUUGCCGAGAAGCCACAGAUCUGGGUCGAAAAGAAGACUGUAAAGAACGAGACGAGCAGCGAGCAGCAGUUCACAACCAAGGAGAAGUACAUUCAACACUUCAUCAAAGGUGAGGAUCAUAUGGAGAAACAGAUCAAAAAGCUAGAGGAUCGUGCUGGCGUCGACAGUGCCGAGGCCAAGAACCUCAAGUCUUCUGUUGAGGAGGUUCAAACAUUCAUCAAGGAGCACAACCUACAACCUGUACUCCGUGCAAACUACACCCGCACCGCUUUUCAGAUCCCUGGCGAUGAUCGUGUACGCAUCAGUCUCGACACCGACCUUGCCUUUAUCCGCGAAGAUGCCAUUGAUGACCGACCUUGCCGCGAUCCGGAGAGCUGGCACCGUACCGACAUAGACAACCAGCAGAUGGAGUAUCCUUUCUCCGCCAUUCGCAAGGGCGAGGUCAACCGCUUCCCAUACGCACUUCUCGAGAUUAAGGUCCGCAAUAGUGGCAAGCGCAAAGAAUGGAUCCAAGAUAUCAUGCACAGCCACUUGGUCAAAGAAGCACCACGCUUCAGCAAAUUCGUACAUGGAGUGUCGAUUCUCUUCGAAGACUACGUCAACACGUUCCCCUUCUGGCUACCACAACUCGAGACCGAUAUUCGACGCGACCCGCAAGAAGCUUUCGAGGAAGAACAAGCCAAGCGACAAAAGCAAAUCGACGACGACUUCGCAGUAGGCAGCUUAUUGAAGAGCAGACCCAGCAUGAGCACCUUCAGUCCUGGCAAGCAAACCCGCAAAGACAUCAUCAGCCCCGUCGGCUCGCCGGCUAUGGCCGGCAAAGCCAACACCGGUACCUCUGCCGCCGAGACCCGCAUGUCCAAACUCGGCAACAUAGCCAACAUGGAACCCACCCAAGUCAACGACACGGCCGGUGAAGCCGACGAUGACGAAACAGGCACCACCAGAAUCGGCAACGAGCGCAGCGUCACUGUCCCCGGUGGUCUCAAAGGCCUCUUUCCCUCCUUCUCAACAAGCAAAUAUGCCGCUUCUCGACGCACCGCGAAACUACCACCCGGUGUCAGUAAACCUGAGAGCUGGAUCAAGGACGCUGGGCCUGUAAAAGUGGAGGCGAAGGUUUGGCUGGCAAAUCAGAGGACUUUUAUCAAGUGGCAGCAUGUUUCUGUUCUGCUCGCCUCGCUCAGCUUGGGCUUAUUCAAUGCGGCGGGCAAAGACAAUUCGAUUGCACGUGGGUUGGCGGUGGUGUAUACGAUUGUUGCUGUUUUGGCGGCAGCGUGGGGUUAUGGGAUCUACAUGUGGCGGGUCUCGCUCAUUCGGGGGAGGAGUGGCAAGGACUUCGAUGCUGUUACUGGGCCGGUUGUGGUUUGUAUUGGGCUGAUCGUUGCGUUGGUGUUGAAUUUUGGGUUCAAGUAUCAAGCUGUUCGGCAAGAUUGGAAUCGGGAGCAAGAUAUGGUGAUGUUCAAUCAGACUUUGGCACAUUGGGGUGACUUGUGA